AUGGCAUUUGUGUUGGUGUUACUGAUGUCAACCCAAGUGUUGGGAAAAAUAUCUGAUAUAUUUGGUCGUGGCAGCGGCAAAAGCCGACAUUAUAUACAUGGAGGAGGCGGUGCUCGUGCUGUUGUCGGGGAUGGUAUAAGAGCUCAAGGGGGUGCCAGCGGUGGUAUUGCAACCGGAGAUGGAGGUGCAAGUUCUAAUAUCAGAACGGGAGGAGGAGAUGGUGGUGACGGAGGUGGAAAAAGUGUUGGUAGCAUUGAUAAAAAUAAUGCUGGUGGUUCUAGAAAAGGUGAUAGUGGCGUUAUUGGAAGUGGAAGAAACCGUAGAGAUGGUACUUUUCAAGGUGACAUAGGCGUCACGUAUGGUGUUAGUGGUUUCGUUAGAAGAGGUGGUCACAGGCGAGUUGUAGGAAGUGGUGCUAGAAGAAGUGAUCCCAAAGGAGUUGCUGAUAGCAUUGUUGUAGGAGUUGGUAAUAGUGGUGCUGCUGGAGGUUCUACUAGUACCGAUACUUCUAGUGGUGAUAUUAGUGGUGCUGGUGGUGCCGGUGGUGCCAGUGGUGCCGGUGGUGCUGGUGGUGAUGAUGGUGAUAGUGGUGCUGGUGGUGCCAGUGGUACUGGUGGUUCUAGUGGUGCUGGUGGUGGUGCCAAUGGAACUAGUGUUGUUGGAGAUGUUCUUAGUGGUAGUGUUGGUGGAAAUGGUGCUGCUACUAGUACUGAUACUUCUAGUGGUAGUAUUAGUGGUGCUGGUGGUGCCGGUGCUGCUAGCGGUGCCGGUGGUGCUGGUGCUGCUAGCGGUGCCGGUGGAGCUAGUGGUGCUGGUGGUGCUAGUGGUGCAGGGGGUGCUACUGGUGCUGGUGGCGCAAGUGGUGCUGGUGGUGCUAGUGGUGCUAAUGCUGGUGGUACUGGUGAAAGUGAUGAUACUAGUAGUGAUGGCGGUGCUACUGAUACUGGUGGUGCAAGUGGUGCUGGUGGUGCUGGCGGUAGCAGUGGUGCUGGUAGUUCUGAUGCUGGUGGUCAUGGUGGUGCUAGUGGUGCUGUGGUUGGUGCUGGUGGUGCUAGUGGUGCUGAUGCUGGUGGUAGUGGUGGUGCUAGUGGUGGUGCUAGUGGUGGUGAUAGUGGUGCUGGUGGUGCAAGUGGUGCUGGUGGUCCUAGUGGUGCGGGUGGUCCUAGUGGUGCGGGUGGUCCUAGUGGUGCUGGUGGUCCCGGUGGUGCCAGUGGUCCUGGUGGUGCUGGUGGUGCCAGUGGUGCCGGUGGUGCUGGUGGUGAUGAUGGUGAUAGUGGUGCUGGUGGUGCCAGUGGUACUGGUGGUUCUAGUGGUGCUGGUGGUGGUGCCAAUGGAACUAGUGUUGUUGGAGAUGUUCUUAGUGGUAGUGUUGGUGGAAAUGGUGCUGCUACUAGUACUGAUACUUCUAGUGGUAGUAUUAGUGGUGCUGGUGGUGCCGGUGCUGCUAGCGGUGCCGGUGGUGCUGGUGCUGCUAGCGGUGCUGGUGGAGCUAGUGGUGCUGGUGGUGCUAGUGGUGCAGGGGGUGCUACUGGUGCUGGUGGCGCAAGUGGUGCUGGUGGUGCUAGUGGUGCUAAUGCUGGUGGUACUGGUGAAAGUGAUGAUACUAGUAGUGAUGGCGGUGCUACUGAUACUGGUGGUGCAAGUGGUGCUGGUGGUGCUGGCGGUAGCAGUGGUGCUGGUAGUUCUGAUGCUGGUGGUCAUGGUGGUGCUAGUGGUGCUGGUAGUGCUAGUGUUGGUGCUAGUGGUGCUGGUGGUGGUGGGGCAAGUGGUUCUGGUGGUGCCGGUGGAAGUGCUGGUGCUGGUGGAAAUGCUGGUGCUGGUAAAAAUGCUGGUGCUGGUGGAGGUGCCGAUGCUAUUAAGUUUGUUGCUUCAAUCACGAAAACGGACUCAGCGACAGUGAGCUUCAGUGAGAGAAUCUUGUUCGGUGUUCUCGAAUCUGUUAAUGAAGGGAUGUUAAAGGUGCAAAUGAGGAACAUGAGAGAGAGUUACCGAUGA